GUUUUUUUUUUUUUAUCAAAACUAUAAAAGUGUUUUGUUUUAAUUGGUUGACUCGAUUUAAUUGUUUUCUGUGUCAUGAGCUGACUAACACUCGUUCAUUAUUCGGUUAUCGCCCCAUAACACGGAUGGGGCACCAACUAGUUUAAAACAAAUAGAAGAAUAUGUGGUGAAAGUUAUGAACGGGAGUAGCAUGGGAGCAUAAACAAUAGACUAAAGAGGGAAAAAUCCAAAGAUUCAAAAAUCAAAUAGCUGUCUAAUUGUACAAAAUUUCAAACCUACAACAAGAAAAAAACUUUAGAAAAAAAAACACUAAAAAGUAGAAAACAACAUAAUUUGAGUUUUCCAGUCUCCUAGGAAUCUGACAAAAAGCUUCCCCCUCUCUCUUCCAUUACUCUCACACCCCCUGUCCUCCCACGUGACUAACGUACGCCUUCUCUGGCCCCAACCCCAACCCCUCUCAUUUUUCAUUUUCACCCUACAUUCUCACUUCAAUUUCACACCCACAAAUCUGCUUCUGCUCUUGCUGAAAGAUUGUGCAGGAAGAUGGGUGUAAUUUCACGGAAGUUAUUUCCGGCAUGUGUGAACAUGUGUGUCUGUUGUCCGGCUCUGCGAUCGCGGUCUCGGCAGCCGGUGAAGAGAUACAAGAAGCUACUUGCAGAAAUCUUUCCCAAAUCACCUGGUGAUUCUCCGAAUGAACGAAAAAUUGCGAAGCUCUGUGAAUAUGCUGCAAAAAACCCUCUACGUAUCCCGAAAAUUGCAAAGUAUCUUGAAGAAAGAUGCUACAAAGAGUUGCGGUUAGAUCAUAUCCAUCUGGUUACUGUUAUUACAGAGGUGUAUAGUAAGCUGAUUUGCAUGUGCAAAGACCAAAUGGCGUAUUUUGCUGUCAACCUGAUGAAUGUUUCGAUUGAACUUUUGGAUGAUGCUAAACGCGAUACGGUCCAGAUAAUUGGAUGUCAGACUCUUGUUAGAUUCAUCUAUAGUCAGGUGGAUGGAACUUACACAUACAAUCUUGAAAAUCUUGUUCAAAAGCUUUGCAUGCUAGCCCGUAAACCUGAAGAAGACGAUGAAAAAACACGAUUAAGGGCCGCAAGUUUGCAAUGCCUUUCAGCCAUGAUUUGGUUUAUGACGGAAUUCUCACAUAUAUUUGCUGAUUUUGACGAGAUUGUACAUGUAAUUUUGAGUAACUAUGAGCCGAAUACAAACACCGGCCAAGACGAUGAUCGAGGGGAAGCACAUCAUAAUUGGGUGGAUGAAGUCGUUAGAUGUGAAGGAAAGGGGGCUAUGAAUGAAACUGAUUCUAGCUACGUGACUGUAAAACCGCGAACAGAAAAGAAAGAUCCUUCCCUUUUGACCAGAGAAGAGGCGGAGACACCGAAAAUUUGGGCUCAAAUUUGCAUUCAAAGAAUGGUAGAACUUGCUAAGGAAAGUACGACAAUGCGUAGAAUACUGGACCCGAUGUUUGUCUAUUUUGAUACUAACAAACAAUGGGUUCCCCCUCAUGGGUUAGGCUUGCUAGUUUUAUCUGAUAUGGCUUACUUUGUAGAGAACCCCGAGAACAAGCAGUUGAUAUUGGCUUCGGUUGUUCACCAUCUGGACCACAAAAACGUCGUGCAUGAUCCCGAACUGAAGUCAUUUGUCAUACAGACCACUACGGCUUUGGCUCAGCAAGUUAGGUCCGAAAUUGCACUCAAAGAUAUUGGAUACGUCAGCGAUCUCUGCAGGCAUUUGAGGAAAAGCCUUCAAGCAACUGUUGAAUCAGUUCGUGAACACGAGUUAUUGAAUACGUUGCUCCAAUCUUCGAUAGAAGAUUGCUUACUUGAAAUAGCCAAAGGGAUCGCUGAUUCGCGUCCACUGUUUGAUGUAAUGUCAACGACACUUGAGAAUCUGCCUCCUAGUAGUAUCGUUGCCCGUGCAACCACUGGAUCGAUGAUUAUUCUUGCCCACAUGAUUGUCGUUGCUUCGGUUUCCACAAAUGCACAACAGGUGUUUCCAGAGGUUCUUCUUCUUCAACUUAUAAAAUUAAUGUUGCAUCCUGACGUUGAAAUACGUUUGAGUGGACAUCAAAUAUUUUCUGUUCUUCUGAUCCCAAAUUCUAACCACUUGAGACGCGAUGUUUCUAACCAUACAAGGAGAUGGAGUUCCGAUAGUGCAUCGGUGUUUGCAAUGGUUACGUCUUUACUCAAUAAGCUUCAGAGAGAAAAAGAUGGAUCAGGAGUCGAAAAAAGUGAAGUUUCGAUUCAAGUGGAAAAGGAAAACGCCGAUGCAGAAAGGAAAAAUGUGUGGGGCCACAAGAAAUCCCCGAACUUUCAGAAAAUAAGUUCCAUUACUGCUGGAGAAAUAGCAUUGUCUAAUGCGGAAUCUUCUGUUAUGAAGUUUAGUGAGGAUCAAAUAACUCAAUUACUGUCUGCUUUCUGGAUACAAGCCAAUCUUCCUGAUAACACUCUUCAAAACAUUGAAGCUCUAGCUUAUUCCUUCUGCUUAACACUCAUUUCUUUGCGGCUCAGAAAUCCCAAUGACAAUCUUGUCGUUCGCAUCUUUCAACUUCCUCUAUCACUUUUGAAGACAUCAUUGGAUCAUAUUAAUGGAACAUUAUGUCCAGCACACCAAAGAUCACUUCUUACGUUAUCAACCUCAAUGCUGAUGUUUGCAGCCAAGAUGUAUCAAAUUUCUGAUAUCGCUGACGUACUCAAGCCACUGCUUAAAUCAGAUGUAGAUAAUUACUUGGGUAUCAGUGAUGACUUUCAAGUUUUUGUAAAGCCUGAGGCAGAUGUAAAAGAAUAUUCUUCUGAUCGUGAUAAUAAAACGGCUGCUGCUUUGCUUGUUGAGUUGCAACGCAAGAUGUCCAGGUCUUACGCGACCAUUGUUGAUAUUUUAGUCCAAAAAUUAUCUAAUAUGACACAGAUGGAGACAGCAGAACUGCGAAUUCAGUUGUUGGAAACUUUCAUGCCUGAUGAUGCAAUGUUUGGUCCUGAAUCAAUGCUUCAUUUGGAGCAGUCUCAUAGAGUUGCUCAUUCAAAAGAAUCCCUCUCUUUCGACACGGAUUUUCCGACAAGUUCAUUAGUUGAGGAUGAUGCGGUCAGUGAAUCAUCCGUUUCGGAUCUCUCUCGCUUCAUAUCGAAAUCUCCUACACAAAGCUCUAUGUCUCAUGUUAUUAGCAUCCGACAACUUCUUGAAUCAGCACUAGAAGCGGCUGGUCAAGUGGCUGGAGCAUCUGUCUCCACAUCUCCCCUUCCGUUCAGUGCCAUGGCUGGCCAGUGCGAAGCCCUCGGCACCGAUUCAAGAAAAAAACUCUCUACUUGGCUUUUGCAUGCAAAUGGUGAUACAAAGCCAGCCGAUAUGCGCUGUAGCCCGAAUUCAAAUGUCAUGAAGAUUCUCGGUGAAGAUGAGUUUGUUCGUGCAGGAAUGAACAGUAUGAGGCUACCUCCUGCCAGCCCGUUUGAUAACUUUCUAAAAGCGGCCAGAUAUGCUUAGAAAAGAUGGGUUUUAAACGGCUGCAUGUCAUGAUCGAUGUCAGAAGUUUAGAUUAUCUGUAAGAUUUAACUUGAUUGACCUGUUAGGACUUGUUGUAUGUUCAGUUGAUGUUAUUUAGGCUGUAAGGAAUGGUUAACUUGGGCUCAUGUGAUCCCUUUUGUCUUGUUUAACUUUGGACCGUAUUUCUUGAAUGUUAGCUGGAAGAACGGUUGUGUUGGUUAAAAGAGGGUGGGAUGAAUGUCACA